GCGAACAAUAAUCACUCAUUUGCGAAGGCAUCCCUACAGUUUAAAUCGAUUCAGCAGUGCUGAGAUCAAGCUGGUUGAGUCGCCCAUGUUCGUGCCUACCGGCAGCGCGUAAUUCAGAUACCAGGAACAAGCACCUAUGCGGCGAACCACGUAUAUUGCUGUCUGUUCAUGUCUUUCUCACUGUGGCAUCGUGCAAUCAUCAUGUUUUAGCGUGGCAACGGUGUUCGUCAAAAAUGACCGUGCCUCGUCCCUCGCAUGCAGGUUCAUGAAGCCAGCGCCUGAAUUUCUGAUUACAAACUUGGUGGAUGAGUGGCAAUACAAGGCCUGGCUCACCUUCACGGAUUCUACUGGGCGCCAAUGCGUUGGUCAGUACUGCCACCCGGAUUCACCGCGGCCCGGUUCCUGGUUCAACGGCCACGUGCUGUCGUUUUCGAAGGUCAAGCUCUUCUCCUACAAGAAAAAGAUCCCGAACCCGCCCCCGAUCACUCUGAGGUGUUACCGCACUUACCGCAUCCAAGUGAAUGUUGGGAUUGUGGACGAUAACGGACACAUCGUCAGCGCAUCGGUCGUCCGGCAAUCUGUUGGUGCCGACUUCAUUGCCGUCACCAGUAGCAUUACUAGGUGGGUGUUGUGCCUUGCAUGCUGGCUGUUUCUUUUGCAAACCUCUGUAUUUCACUGUCCUCUUCUUUCUCAGUCUCUUUUCUUUCUACAGCUGAUGAAACCACGCUCAGAAUAUUAUUGUAAUCUGAUUUUUUUUUUAUUUGCUUUUAUUCUCAGGCGUCCAGUCAACAGGGGUACAAGACUAAGGCACGCUAACUGAAGUUCUCCAGGCUGUUUAUGUAAUAACAGUAAUAAAGAAAUAUUUAUUUGUGAGUACAAACAGUCCCUUUUUCUUUUUUCCUUGUUUAAUGACAUUUUACAGUACAACCAUGACAAACAAUGCAAUGGUGGUGUGGCUACUGAGGAAUAGAAAAAUAGACCCGCUGCACAUGCACAUGGUGAUGCUGCAGGUAGGUUGUCGCCCUGAAACGAAAGAAAACAAAGUGGAAGCGCUCUCCACAGAUAAAUAAGAACACCCU